AUAAUGCUUAUCAAGUUUUGUAUGCGUAGGGUAGGGAGUCACGAAUUAACGAACUAUUGUUCUCUUCAGCUGGGAUCUUCAACUAUCAGCAAUGGGGAUCGAUUCUUUCGGUUCUCUACUGUUACUGCUUAUCCAUCUCGAAACUACCUUGAGUCUAGUGACUUUAGCACCAGCACCAACUCGAUCCACGAAUCGUCAUCAUGGCCUGAAGAUCAACCGACUUCCCGAAGAAUGGUUUCCUUGUAUUCUGUUUCGUUCCACAGUAUUUGGCCACCUUUUUUUAAUUCUAGAUUUUGUAGCGUGAGUUGAGAGGAUUUUUUUCUAUUUCCAGACAGCGAGAAUGGCCUCCUCCGGAUUAACCCCCUCUGCAAACAGUGUGUCAAAAAAAAAUCAAGGC